AUGGACGAUGCUACAGCAGAGCUCAAUGAGCUCUUCGCAGCCGCGUCGCCAGAUGGGCUACCCAAGGAUGUCCUUGCGGAGUUGCAGUCUAUACUGCGUGUCCAUUCGAUCCCCCCACAGGAGCUCUUCUAUAAAUGGGAAUCGUACUGCCUGAAGAUGGGUGCAGAAGACACCAAGCUGAAUCUGGAGACAGUUCGGUUAUUCAAGCGUGAUGUCCAGGAAGCAUUGGAGAGAGAAAGUCGAGGAAAGGCAGGCAGACAGACAGAGAAACGAAGCGCAGUGACAGCGACGCCGCGAGCUGCAAAUGCGUCCGAUGUUUUCGGAAUAUUGGACGGAUUGACACCCAACGCCCAUGGUCGGACUCCGAAUAGUGUGAAUGGCUCGGCGAAACGCAAAUCAGACUUUGGAUCUCCUUCGCUUUCGAAGGUCGGAAAGACCGACAAUGACAAGACUCCGAACUCAAAAACCGCUUCAAUAGCUGUGAACGGUGGCGGUGCAGUCGAUGGAUUACAAUUCGUGCCUUUCUCGGAACGACCCAAUCCCGGACAGACCAUCGAAACCCUUAAUGCGCAUUUGUCCAUGCCCGAGACGCCAAUGGCACCUUUUUCAGAAGCCAGGAUAAGGCCCACUGCGAACACGGACCUCAAGAAGUUCGGUUAUAAACCGAUGGCGAUGCGGGUUUCUGAAGCAUCCGAAAUUUUGGACGAUCGGAUCGAUGAAUUCACCGAAAUCUACCAGAAGGAAUAUGAAACGGAAGAUGUCAACUUUGGCAGCGCCGCUAUUCAGAGCACAAGCGAGAUUAUUGCUGUCGGACGCAUUGCUUCGGACAGCUUGGAAGGGAAGCUAAAUCCAGCGUCACUUGUUCUUGAGACCUCCAGACGAACAGGCGCUGGUCUACGUGUACCAUUGAAUUUGGAUUCAGUACCUUCAGCGAACUUUUUUCCCGGACAGAUAGUUGCGCUGAGAGGGAUCAAUGCCUCAGGGAACUAUUUCUCCGUCAAGGAGGUGUUGCCCCCACCCCUACUACCGCCUGCGGCGUCGUCUGCGGUUACUGUGGACGGCAUCAAUCAGAGGCUCGAUGACGCCGGCUCUACCUCGCCAUUGAAUGUCUUGAUCGCGUCUGGGCCAUACACAGCAGAUGACAAUCUCGCUUUUGAGCCGCUACACGAGAUCUGUCAGAAAGCCGCUGAGAACUAUGCGGAUAGUCUUGUACUGAUGGGGCCGUUUUUGGAUAUUGAGCAUCCACUGUUGUCGUCAGGGGACUUUGACCUGCCCAAUAUGAAAGGAUAUGACCCUGACACUGCCACAUUGGCAACCGUGUUCAGGCACUGCAUCACAGCGCCGCUACAGAAACUCGUCGCAGCUGUGCCCAGCAUUACGGUCGUGAUGAUACCGUCCGUUCGGGAUGCACUGAGUAAGCACGUCUCCUGGCCGCAGGAGCAGUUGCCCAAGAAGGAGCUCGGGUUACCAAAACAGGUCCGGAUGGUAUCCAAUCCCGUGACAUUGUCCUUCAACGAGACCGUCAUCGGCAUGUGUUCGUAUGACGUGCUAUACGAUUUACGACGGGAGGAGGUCCUGCACGGCAAACCCAAGGAAGGCAGCCUCCUGACUCGGUUGCCCAAAUAUCUCAUCGAACAACGGCAUUUCCUCCCCAUGUUCCCUCCCUCUUCCCGCGAGAAUCUUCCCAAACCGGCAACGGAAAACGGUGUUGCGACGGGAGCCAUGUUAGACCUCAGCUAUUCCAAGCUAGGAGAGUGGUGGAAUGUACGACCGGACGUGUUGAUUACCCCGAGUCUGCUUCCCCCAUUUGUCAAGGUUGUUGACAGUGUCCUGGUGAUCAACCCCGGCACAUUAUCCAAACGACGAGCAGCGGGGACAUAUGCACAGAUGGCGAUUCACCCACGCGUAAUAGCAGACGACGAACGAGAACAGAAACAGCUAAGUCAUAAGCUCUACGAACGGGCACGGGUGGACGUUAUUCGCAUAUAA